AUGUCUCCUGGGAAGGGGGACUCCGGGGAGUUUUUCGAUACACGUUCCGAUGCUCCCGGAAACACUCCUGAUUCGGUUGAAGUUCCCGGAGCUAUGGGUAGUGAAGGUGGAACCACGUUAUCGAAACCACCAGACACACCUCAUAGCCGUCAGGUGGGUUCUCUCAGGGGCACUGAAAUCAGCACUCCUUGCCAGUCGACCGCAGCCAAAAUAGAUGGAGGCUUUGGCCGGGGCGGGAUCGCGGGCGAGAAGGAAGGAUCCACUAACCCCCAGUCGCAUGUGGAAGCCAGGGAAUCAGAUGUGGGUUCGCAAAAUGGCACUCAUAGGGUUGAUGAAACAGAAUCACAGAAGGUGGAGGUAGGACCCGCAGGAUUUUGUACAGCCACCGCCUCCCCGCCAACUCCACAGUAUUAUCAGCGUGCACCCGAGUGCCCAACAUGUAGGCAGGCUGCAGCACCAGCUGGAACUCCGGAAUCUCUUGAAGAGGAGGGUAACCUGCAAUCAAUGCCUAAUAGUAGGUUGGUCACGGCGUUAUCCUAUGUCUCGUCGCUCUGGGGAAAACCAGCAUCUCAAAAGCCUCCUACGGCACCCUCACAGGCUAGUAUUCCGGAAGUACACGAAGCUACGGAUACUGUCCUCACUCCACAGGAGCCGGCCCGUGCGAUUAAAUCAUCCAACUCUCGGCGGUCUAGGAGCCUGAAUGAGAGAAAGGUUUCUUGGGAUGACAUAGUAAAAGGGAAAAAGGUGGAGAGAUCGGAGAGUCCGAGUAGUCUUGCUGGAAGUUCGCCAGACCAGCAAUCUCUGCCACCCGUUACCGCUGGAGGAAAUUCUAUUGCUAGCGGGGGCCCAUAUGCAGGAGAUCCCCUUGGUAUCGGUAUUCAACUCGGAGAUAAUGUGUACUCAUUAAUGUCUACUGAGGUUCAUUGUGAACAUUCGGCAUCGGGCGGAAGGGUUAUUAAGGCAGAAGCAAAUUCACUAACUAGAGCCAGUCCUGCGUCAGAGUACUACUAUGAAGAAUCUCCAUUUGCAGAUAUCAGAGAUGAGGCGGUCCAAAUCGCAGCGGCCAGUUAUUGCGGGCGGGUAUCCGAUGAGGUAGAAGAUAGGGAGUCUCUGGCAGCUUCCCGUCCCAAGGCGUGGAUGGUCAAUCGACCCAUAGUGCCAUCCCCCAUGAGAUCUCCAUUUCGAGCAAACUUCUUCCCAUGGUCUGAUGCUCAGGGAAUACCCCUCUUUGGGCCAAGUUCGGUGCGAAAAGAAGCUCCAACUCCAGCUAUUGGGCCACUUGGCGAACGCAGCAACACUGGAUCUCCUAUGGUUGGCCGUACUCCUCGUGUUGGAGCAGAGUCACCAUGCUUGUCGGGGCACGCGUCCUGUGUUCAUACGUCAAAUACUGCAAGACUUAGCCCCACUCUCACCACGGCCGAGAGUCCUAACCCUAAUGCUUUUGGGAAUACAAGAUCCAUACAUCGUGGAAGUCCCGCAGGGAGAACUCAUCCAGUGAGCGGUAGGCUUGUCCCACCCUAUGGCCCACCUGGUGCUUCCGUGCGGGGGAUGCAGAGCGGGAGAUAUCAGAGUGUAAUACAGGAAGAGCGGGAGGAAUUUUCCCAUAGUUUUAUGGAUGAGCCGGGUCUCAUAAGGUAUUGCUGUCCUUUUAGGAAUUGCGGUAUUCUUGGUGCUAACAACAACACGUUAUGCCUCAACCAGCCCAGAACGGUUCUCGCAGCUCGAAGUUCUUAUCAGGAAGUUUGCUGUAGAGCAUUUCAGUCAGCUCCCCUUGAGUUUGAGGAUGGUGAGUUACCUCGGAACUUGAACAAUUACAACUUACCAAACUUUUGUAGUUUGAGUCUUCUGCCUCUCUCGAUAGAUCGCCAUUCCCACCGGACGGCCGUUCAGAAUAUAAUCUGCCGCCAUCUUGUCAAUAACAUCUUCUCGGCCGUUGUUCCUAGCUUCUGUUUCAAUAUGGAAGCCAUAGCAGGAGAAUUGUUGAAAUUGGACCCAUCGAAACAAGCACUUUGGCAGCGCCUAACUGUUGAAGCGCUGGAGGCCUUACCACAGCACGAGAUGGCGGCCGCAAAGCUGCGACAGAAGACAGUCAAUAAAAUCCUUGCCAGUAUAGGGGCCAUAUCUGCCUCACCAGCAGCUACACUCGCAGAAUCUCUUCAGGAACUUGUAAAGUCCGCUCAAGAGGCUUGGGAGCCCACAUUCAAGUCCAAGGCUCAGACGAUCCCGGAGGUUGACGUUGAAAACGGAACAGCAAACUUCAAAAUGGACCCCGAAGACUCCCGAGUAAGAGGGUAUUCUGUGUUGCAGGUAGAAAGUAUCACUCGCCCAGUCCUAUGCACUUUCCCGGCUAUUUAUCGAAUCGCCGACGGACACGAUACUCUCGUAGUGCCUGGGAGAGCACUAUUCUCAGACUUCUACCAUUCCGCCGAAAUGGAGCUGCAAGCUAAACUGAAGACAUGGAAUUCGGACCAGAGAUAUGCUCACCGUGCGUCAUUCAUGAGACCACCGUUCGUCCACCGCAAUACACGUUCUCCCGCAUCUCCGGAAUCCCAAUCUGGAAGAUGGGGCACGGGGCGCAUGUCUCACGAGUAUUUUGGAUACAACCAAUGGUGCUCGCAUCUCAAUGAUGUUGAGGACGAAACGGUAGACCUCUGGGAUGUAUCUAUGCGUCUGAAGGAGUACGACCAAGAGGUUUUGAGACACGAGCGGAGGAGGAGUACAGGAUCCGAAACCUUUUCCGAAAGAUGUGGUUCGUACAUUGGCCGAAGCCGGUCUUUUAGCAAUGGCAGGAGGGAGUCUGUGUAUAGUAGGCGAGAGUCUGUUUAUGAGAGGCGGGUGCCUGUGGGUGGGAGGAGGGAAUCGUUUUAUGGUGGGAGACGGGAAUCUUUUCAGGGGAGUAGAGAUUAUUGCAGGUGGUAAUUUGUCUUUGGCCUAUGCGCUUGGGCGUCUGGGAUGGCCCCUUUUCUCGGUAGUCAGCUGCGAAGCUCUUCAUCUAUGCCCUGGGUUUUCCUGCUUUACAUUCUGGUUUUUUCCUCAUCUGCUAUCAGUCUGCAAGACUGCACUGCACUGCUUUUUCCUGCCAUCUAUCUAAUCUAGCAUGUUUUUUUCUCUUCUUUUUUCUUCUUUUUCUUCCCCCCCCGAUCUGGAGGGAUUGGCGGAUCUCAGGCAAUACCGGUAUUUAAGAUACAAUAGCAACAUCAUAAUAUCCACGGCC